CUCCUUCUCUCACACACAGUACACAAUCUACUGUAUGUGAGUGUUGCAACUACCUCUUUUACGGAAUACAAUACAAUAAAAUCCAGAUUCAUUCUUCUCACCUGUGGGCACUUCUAAACUUUUUCGUAGGAAUUUCUUUCUCUCACAACCUGGCAACCCGGAGAGAGCAGCAAGCAGCAGUUGCCAGAACAAGAGGAUGUUUCCUAUCCCUGGAGAGAAAAGAGAAAAGAGUCUGAGCUGAAUCUUAAAGAGGAGUGGAUCUGUCUGAGGAAAUCUUGGGAGAGGAGGACCAGGAACAGGAGAGAAGAGGAGGAGAAGGAGGGAUAUAAGAGGAGAGGACAGAGCAUGGGCCACUCCUGCUUGUGGAUUUUUAUGCUGUCCCUGUCUCUCUCCCACCAGGAGGUCACUGCACAGGCAGAAGCAUGUCGGACGGCAGAGCCUGCAGACCUUGUGUUCUUGGUGGAUGAGUCUUGGGGCGUGGGCCAGACCAGCUUCUCCUGGGUUAAAGACUUCAUCUCGGCCAUCAUUAAUUCCUUUCAGGACAGUGUGGUGGGGUCCGAGGGCAUUCGCUUUGGAGUCACCGUCUACGGAGAUAUACCCAGGAUGCGUAUUGCCCUAACAGACUACAGCAGUCUAGAGGAGGUCCUGAGGGCAGUGAAGGACCUCCCCUUUGAAGGCGGGGCCAGUCGAACGGGCGACGCCCUCCAGUUCCUGGUGGAUUAUGUCUUCAGUGCGGCUAUCACCAGGGACAAUACCCCCAAGAUUGCUGUUCUGAUCACAAACGGCCGUUCGGAUGACCAGGUGGAUGGGCCGGCCAAGGCUGUCACAGACAGUGGGAUCUCUAUCUACGCAGUGGGGGUGAGAGGAGCUGAUGAAUCAGAGCUGAGGAAGAUUGUGACCGAGCCCCAUGAGGAACACCUGUUGCUAGCCGCUGACUUCUCUCUCCUGGAUCCUCUCCUGCCCAAACUGUCCCGAAGAAUCUGUUUCACCGCCUCUGAACCCCCACGCCCCAUCAAACACACCCCGGCCGUGGAGGAGCGUGUGGUGGGUCCCCGGGACCUCCAGGUGAGUGAGCUAAACUACAGCAGUCUCAGGCUGACCUGGAGCCAGGCCACCGGGGACGUCACCGGCUACCGCCUCCUGGUGACCCCCCUCAGCCCCAAGGGACAGCUGCUGCCCAGCCUGCAGACACAGAUUGAUCUGAAAGGUGAUGAGAGGACAUCUCUAGUGACAGAGCUGACUCCUAAGACAGAGUACUCUCUGACUGUCUACGCUAUCUACCCCGGCCUCAUUGGAGACUCUGCCACCAUCAUCACACAGACACCCCCUGUGCCUCCUGUCUCCAACUUCCGUGUGAUCGAGGAGGGCCUCUUCUCUCUGAGGUUGGCAUGGACACCACCUCUAGGGAAGCUCGAGGGAUACAAUAUCUUCAUCCCCAGAUCCAGCAGGCCAGGGCUGACCUAUGAGCAGGUGCUGCGCGGCGACACCUCCUCCCAUGUGAUUGACAGCUUGGAGGAGGAUAAGAAGUACACCGUCAGUAUCUAUGCUGUCUACCCCCAGGGCCCCAGCGAACCUGUCUCGAUCGUCGGCAAAACACUGAAACUGGUGCCAGUGCAGCAGUUCCUGGUCCAAAACGCCACCACAGACACAGUCCAGGCCCGCUGGGGCUCAGUGAAGGGGGCCUCGGGGUAUCGCCUCACCUGGUCCUCCUCAGAUGGCCAUAGAGAGAACGUGAACCUGGGGGAGACCUAUAACUUCUACAUGAUCCAGGGCCUCCACCAAGGCACUGAGUACACCAUCACCAUCAACCCCAUCUUUGUGGACAUCGAGGGCCCUGUCACCUCUACCCCAGCCAAGACACUGGAGAGCAGUGCAGUCCAGAGUCUGAAGGCAUCGGCAGUGAACACCGACAGUGCUGUGGUCUCCUGGAACUCUGUCCCCGGGGCCACCGGUUACAGACUAGCCUGGGGCCCCACUCCAGAGUUUGUGGGUCGGGACCGUCCUAGGCAGCUGGCUCUGAACGGCUCUACCACAGAGUACCUUCUGAAGAACGUUGUCCAUGACACAGAGUAUGUCCUGUCUCUCUACGUCCUGUUUGGAUCGCUGGUGGGACCCGGCGUCUCAGCUACCUUCCGCACCUCUCCUUUGGGAUAUGUGUCUAACUUCCAAGUGACUUCCUAUACCAGUUCCUCCAUCGACGUGGAGUGGAGUCCCAUCGUGGGGUCCACCGAGUACAAACUCACCUGGAACAUCGAUGGCAACACUCCCCAGUCCCAGUAUCUGGACCGCAGCGUUCUGUUCCACCGCAUUGAGGGCCUCAACCCAGAGACGGUCUACAUAGUUAGCAUCCACGCUGUCUACGGCAACACAGAGGGGCCAGAAAUCUCCCUCUCACAGCUCACAGCAUCGGUGACAGAAUCAGAGCUGAUCCAGGCGGUCAAGGAGGUGAAGGUGGUGGAUGUCGGAGUCAACUCCUUCAAACUGGCCUGGAGGGGAACACCUGGGGUCACUGGCUACAAGAUCUCCUGGAGCCCCUUCCAUGGUGACGAUGAGAAGUCCCAGCUAGUCUCUUCCUCCACUACCUCCUUCACCAUCCCUAAGUUACAGGAGAGCUCGGCCUAUAAGAUCCAGGUGGCGUCUAUGGUGGGGGGCCAAGAAGGGAGCCCGUUCCUGGUCACUGCACGCACCUUGGACCUGCCCAAAGUGAACGGCUUCGCAGCGCUGGACACCACAGACAGCAGUACCACCCUCAACUGGAUCAGCGUUGCCGGGGUUUCUGGGUACCUGCUCUCCUGGAGGCACAUCUCAGAGUUGGACACCAAAAAGGAGAAGCUUGGCCCUGCUGCCACCAUGUUUAAGCUGAGUGAUCUGCUGUAUGGCAGGACCUACAUCUUCACCAUCAGACCUCUGUAUGGAGAGGUGGAGGGACCCAUCAACUCUAUCUACCACAAGAUAGUGGCCAAAGACCGUCCUCUGGUGCCUGUCCAGUCUUUACCCUCCACGCCUGCACCUCUCCCCCCUCACACCCUCUCCGCCUCCCACCCCAAUGCAGCCAACACCACCACGGCCCACUCCCCCGUCACCAAAGCCCCCUCCAAGGCCACCACCGCCUCCGCCAAGAAACCCCCAAGCACCACCAUUGUCAAAACAGCUGCAACCACCACCAACGUCGGCCAUCUCACCACCACUACCAGAAACGCAUUGGUUUUGGAUACAGAGACAACUGUUGGACCAGGGCCAGUGUGCGGUAAGGUGAAGGCAGACAUAGUGUUCCUGGUGGAUGAGUCGUGGAGCAUCGGAUCCAAUAACUUUGCCAAGCUCAAGGACUUCCUGUUCCGGGUUGUCACCUAUUUCCCUGUGAUUGGUCCUCAGGGCACACAGAUAGCAGUGGUGCACUACAGUGAUGAACCAAGGAUAGAGUUCAAACUGAAUGACUACAAGAACAGGAACUCUGUACUAAAGGCUCUGAGAGGAGUACGCUAUGGAGGAGGCAACACCAAAACAGGGAAGGGGAUGAGCUACGUUCUGAAGGAGCUGUUCCAGGAGUCUCUGGGGAUGAGGCAGGAGGUGUCACAUGUCUUGGUGUUGCUGACAGACGGCCGGGCCGUGGAUGAUGUGGAGCAACCCUCCAGGAUAGCACAGGCUUAUGGCGUGAGUGUGCUGGCCAUCGGGGUGGCCAACGCAGACAUGGACGAGCUAAAGAAGAUAGCGUAUCCAGCCAGCUACCAGAACAUCUUCUACGCCAGGGACUUUGACGACUUCUCCUCCAUAGAGAGAGAGUUCAUCAGCAACAUCUGCAGCGAGGCGCUGCACUCCGAGUUCAGACAACACGACGAGUCUGCCCAGCUGGACACUCCAACUGAUGACCCUGAUGAGCUGACCAAACCCCAGGGCCCCUGUCCCUUACAGUGCAAGGGGCAGAAAGGUGAAAAGGGAGAUGGCUCUGGUAAUGGUGGACUGAGACUCCAGCAAAACACUGCGAUGUUUGAGUCAUUUGGCCUCAAGUCCAAAGGAGAGAAAGGAGAGAGAGGACUUCCUGGAACAGAUGGUAUCCCCGGGUUGCCAGGACGACCAGGACGAACCGGACCCCCAGGUUCAGCCGGGCAACGGGGUUUAGAAGGGGUUCCAGGUGAUAUGGGGCCUCCUGGUAUCACUGGUCCAAAAGGCCAGAGAGGAGAGAGGGGGGAGCCUGGGUAUGUCAUAGGUGGCAUAGGAGACGGCCAUUAUGUUCCUGGACGAAAGGGAGAGCCUGGAUCAUCAGGACCCCAAGGGGCUCCGGGUGUACCAGGGGUCUCUGGACCCUCAGGCCUGCCUGGACAGUCAGGUUCACCUGGGUCCCCAGGGAUAUCCGUUAAGGGGGAACAUGGAGAGGCAGGUGCUAAAGGUUUGCGUGGGAAAGCAGGGGCCAAAGGAGACAAAGGAGAUCACGGUAAAGAUGGCCAAGCAGGGUUACCUGGUCCCAUUGGAAUUGAUGGUGUUCCAGGCUUCCCAGGUCAAAAGGGAAAUAAGGGAGAGGAGGGGAUCGGGGUUCCCGGUGUCCAGGGCCCUCUUGGAGAGCCAGGGGAGAAGGGAAAUAUAGGCCUAUCAGGACCUGAGGGACCAAAGGGAGAGGCUGGUGUUCAAGGGAUACAAGGGGUGGUCGGACCACGGGGAAAGAAGGGUGUGAAAGGCAGCCAAGGGGAUAAGGGCGAUCGAGGAGAGGUGGGGCCUAUAGGACCACAGGGAGUGACAGGCUUUGCAGGGGCUGUUGGGCAUAAGGGUGACGAGGGACAGAGAGGAGUUCCUGGUGACCCAGCCAAAGGGAUCAUUGGUCCCACAGGAAAGAAGGGUGCCAGGGGUGACAUUGGUCCCGUCGGUCCGACCGGACCCCAGGGAGUAAAGGGGGUCCAAGGAGUCAAAGGAGAAAAGGGUAGUCCUGGGUUCGGCAUUCCUGGACAACAGGGACCAAAGGGAGAAAAUGGUGAAAGGGGAAAUGUUGGCUUGUCUGGGAAACCUGGACCCAAGGGGCAUGAUGGCUCUAAAGGGGAAGAGGGGACUGUUGGGGUCCCCGGGAAUCCUGGAGCACCAGGACUACGAGGUAAAGAUGGUGUGCCUGGAAUCAAAGGAGAAUCAGGACUACGGGGAGUGCAGGGACCAGCUGGUGAGCCUGGUGAGCGAGGAAUAAGGGGCCCACUGGGGUUACCGGGACGACCAGGGGACCCAGCAGAGAAAGGAGAUACGGGGAACAUUGGUUUGCCUGGAACGGAGGGAAAGAAAGGAGAGCCUGGAAAACCAGGACCUCCGGGAGGCGCGCAAUUCAGUUCAGACAACAAUAUCCUGACCAGGGUGAUCAAGGGUGAACCAGGAGAUCCUGGAGAGCCCGGUCUCAGAGGGGAGACAGGUCUGCCUGGACAAAGGGGUCCUGAUGGAAAACCAGGACCACCAGGAACGGGAGGGUCUGGGUCAGGGAGAGAUGGUCUGGAUGAGUUACCAGGAAAACCUGGAUCCAAGGGUGACCCAGGAAAGACAGGCGAGCCAGGAACGAGGGGAGAGAAAGGAGAACAAGGCAGGGUGGGGAUUGCUGGAAUGCCCGGGUUACCUGGGACCCCAGGGAGACCUGGCAUUGAUGGAAAGAGAGGACUGGCUGGAAAAGAUGGAGAACAAGGACUAAGAGGAGUUGAUGGCAAAAAGGGUGAUAAUGGUGAAUCUGGAACUGAUGGGAAAAAAGGGGAAGUGGGUGCUCCGGGCCCACCUGGUACCCAUGUUCUGGUCACUCAACAUGAGGGUGCCACCCUUGAAGAGAUGAGACAGGCAUUCCCUAUGCCAAUGGGACCUCCUGGGGCUAAAGGUCCACCGGGGAUGAAGGGAGAGCAAGGUGAGAGGGGAUUGAAAGGAGAGAAGGGUGACGCUGGUCUUCCAGGGAAAGCAGCUGAGAUGAAGAACAUUGAAGUCAUGUUUGAAGACUAUGGCAUAAGGCUGCCCUUGCUGAAGGCACUGAUUGACAGGCUGCUGCAGGACGGUAUGGAGGAGCUUCUGCAGGAGCUAACCACCUCUAGGAGAGCCAAGGAGGAGAAACACAGCUCCAACAUUAUCACUGACUACACAAGCUCUGUAAAGGAUGAGAUCUCCAAGGAGCCUCUGACAGAGAUGGACACCAUAGAGGAGGCAGCUGACUCUGACCUAGACAGACAGCUACUAGAACCUAACUCUGAUGCUUUGAAUGAAACGACGGAAGGCCCCACAUUCUGGGGUGUCACCACUCUUAAUGCCGUUAAUGGGGACCAAGACGUGGGGAGGAUCGAGAGCAUCUCUAAGGGGAUAGAGGGGACACUGACAGUGGACGAGGACUUCAGUGAAGCUCCCACUUCCAAGUUGACUUUAUCAAACUCAACAUUUAACCACACUACGUCCGAAGAGAGGGUCUCUGAGGUACCAGGGGCAAUAGUAGAAAUUGUUCUUCUCAGUGGGGAAGACUCCUUGAAGAAAAAGAAGGGUCGAGAACGGAAGGGCAAGGGACAGAAAGGAAGACAUAGGAGGCAAAGACAACGCCUGACGAGUACGGAGGAGGAGGAGGAAGCGGAGGAGGAGGAAUUUAACGAUGGGGAAGAGUACAGUUAUGAAUACGAGGAUUCCACAGAUGAUCCCUUACUGUCAGUGGACGAGCAAGAGGAGUUUGAAAUCACAACAGAAAGCACACUACAUGGAAUGAGCAAAGAGAGUGGCCUGACAACUUUAGGUCCAUAUCCAUCCCAGUCACCGGGAGACAGAGAAAAGCAGGGGGAAUUCACCACACCUAUCCUUCACAGCACAAUGGAAGAAACAGAGAAGGACCUUUCCUAAAUCCACAAAGAUUGAGACUGUAGAUUUGUAAGCACGGAGAGUUUGUAUAAACUGUGAAGUGAAGUGUAUUGCUGGUGAGGAGCAGUCUACCCUGAACCUGACCAGCAUAACAUGAGGAGGGACAUCUUUUCUUCGCGCAAUGAUGAUGUCAUUCGUCCAAUGUCACUUGUCCAAUGCCACUUCUAUGACCAGAAUCGUGUCUUAUACCUAAUCCAAGUACCUAAAAGAUGAACUAUACAUAGGUAAA